CCAUGGUGUUAUCAGUAGUCCUAUAUUGGCGUUGAAAACGUAUCAUUCGCGCAGGAAGAUUACAUCCCUGUCGACGAAUCGUUCACGGGCGUUCGAUUCGCCCGCACCGCGUUUGGUGUCCCGUAAUUGACCGCACGUCCUGAAAUCACGCACAAUCGCCACGGCAACAACAUGUACUGCCUCCAAUGGCUGAUACCUGUCCUGCUCAUACCGAAACCGUUGAACCCCGCGCUGCUGCAGACGCAUGUCAUGUUCAUGGUGCUUUACUUGACCGGGUUCUUCCUAGAGCGGAAACCGUGCACCAUAUGCAGCAUAGUGUUUCUGGUAGCCGUGUUCCUGAUAUGUUACAGCGGCUACGGCAAUUGUAUAUUCUUCAGCAGCAACUGCGAUUCCGUGCAGUGUGACAACGGCUAAACGACCGCUGCUUACGUUCGACGACACCGCAAGAACCGACGCCGCGCCAAUACCAAACUCAAACAGAUACACCACUAGUAUUUAGGAAUUUUUUUAUUCUCUAUUUUUCAUUUUUUUUAUGAAAUCAAAUAUACAUUACAGUUGACCAACAUUUAAAUUAAGUCAACAACAUGUACAACUCAAAUGUUUUGCCACAUUUCAUCCAUGUAUCUUGUUACAAAUGAUUUUUGCCACUUUUUAAUAUUUGGUUUAUUAAAAUACAGACUUGUAAAUACAAUAUUUUGUUAUUCA